CGUAACUAACCCCUUCCCCUACUAGCCUAUUAAAAAUUCUGAACUCCACGGAUAACGAGAUCAUCUGCAUUUUCGAUUACAGACGACUGUUUAAUAUGGAUUCCCAUGCCAAACUCCAGCAAGGAUUGACAUUGCAUACUUCAUAGUGUCGAUAUUGUUCAUUUGUCGCGAGGACUCUCUUCAAUUAUGCGUUCUACAGAUUCGUUGACAACUAAGAAUUCUUUAAUGGAAACACUUUGAUUUAUGCAGUAUCUGCGUAGUUUGAUUUUUACAGCUCCUAAGCCGCUCUCUGCCUGCUUGGUUUACUCAUGACUAUUAUUCUUUGAAGAAAUGGUAUUUCCAUUAUGGAAUCCCAAACCCGAGAAAAUUUAUUAUUUGCGUGGUCUGCUCCUUCACCAUUGCCCUCGACUGGCUACGACUGCUGCUUUUCAAAAACAAAGCAAUAUCUGCAAUAUAUAUCCCGAGAAUGUAAGAAGCCUCUGCGAAGAGGGUCGAUUGAACGAAGCCCUGCGCAUAUUAUGCGAUUUCGAUCAUGCCCUAGAUUGUUCUACAUACGUUUCUCUCUUGCAGGGAUGCAUUAAUAACAGGGCAUUGCCACAGGGUAAAUUAGUACAUGCCCACAUCAUUCAGAUGGGCUUUGGAGCAGAUAAGUUUUUAUUUAACAGACUUGUUGGCUUUUACGUGAAGUGUGUAAGUUUAGAGGAUGCACGGAAAGUGUUUGACAAGAUGCCUGAACGAGAUUACUUCUCGUGGAAUGCGAUGAUUGCUGCAUAUACAAGGCAAGGGAUUGCAAGGGAGGCGUUGGAACUAUUUCACCUAAUGCCUGGAGAAGGAAUCCAACCCAAUCAGUUUACGUUUUCCAGCAUUCUUCCGGCAUGUUCAGAUUUGGCAUCCCUGGAGAGGAUUCAUGAAAAGAUAAUUAAGAGUGGGAUUGAGUUGGACAUGGUUGUGGAGAGUGCGCUUGUGGAUAUGUAUGCGAAAUUUGGUUGUAUAGAGAGCGCACGCAAUUUGUUUGACAAAAUGUCUCAUCGAGACGAUGUCUCUUGGAUGGUAAUGAUUGCUGGGUAUGUGCAGAAUGGAUGGGCAGAGGAGGCUCUGAAGCUCUACCAGGUAAUGAGAUUGACAGGUUUGAAGCUGAACUCGAAUACGUUUGCUAGCAUUCUGCCAGCUUGCGCUUACCUGGGCACUCUUGAACAGGGCAUAGAGAUCCAUGAGGAGAUAAUUAGAAGCGGGGUUGAAUCUGAUGUCUAUGUGGGGAGCGCUCUUGUGGAUAUGUAUGCAAAAUGUGGAAGCAUAAAGAAGGCUCGUGAAGUGUUUGACAAAAUGCCCCGACAAGAUGUUGUGUCGUGGACAGCUAUGAUUGCAGGUUACGCCGUUCAUGGUUGUGCUGAGGAGGCACUAAUUCUUUUUCAAGAAAUGAAAGACUCGGGUGUUAGGCCAAACCACGUUACGUUACUUUGUGUCUUGUCUGCAUGUUGCCAUGCAGGCCUGGUGGAUGAGGGCUACAAGCACUUCAAUAACAUGAGAGGGUAUUAUAGGAUUACCCCUAGAAUGGAGCAUUACAGAUGUAUGGUGGAUCUCCUUGGCCGAGCCGGUCAACUUGAAGAAGCACAAGAUUUCAUUAACAGAAUGCCUAUAGAACCUGAUGCUGCUAUUUGGAGGUGUUUGCUUGCUGCUUGUAGAUAUCAUAACAAUAUAGACCUUGGAGAACAUGUAGCAGCACAGGCAUUGAAGUUGGAUUCCCAGUAUGAUACACCUUAUGUGCUUCUCUCAAACAUGUACGCCGAAGCUGGGAGAUGGGAUGACCUUGAAAAGGUGCGAAAAUUGAUGAAAGACAGAGGCAUUAAAAAGACACCAGGACGCAGCUGGAUUGAGCUCAACAAGCAUGUCCAUGUUUUCUAUGGAGGAGACAGGUCACACCCGCAAACAGAACAAAUCUACGCAAAGUUGGAGACCUUAGCUAAGCAGAUGAGGGCCGCAGGGCAUGUUCCUCAUAGACAAUUUGCUCUGGCUGAUGUGGAAGAGGAACAAAAGGAACAAAUACUUUGCCACCAUAGUGAGAAGUUGGCAAUAGCAUUUGGCCUGCUAAACACGCCACCUGGAACAACUAUUCUAGUUAUCAAGAAUCUUCGAGUGUGUGGUGAUUGCCAUUCAGCAAUUAAGUUCACCUCAGAUAUUAGUGCACGUGAAAUUAUUUUAAGGGAUACCAACAGGUACCAUCAUUUUAAAAAUGGUCAGUGUUCUUGUGGGGACUAUUGGUGAUUGAACUUCAACGUUACUUUUCUUGCAAGGGACCAGGCACCAUUUCAAGUUUUCAUGGUCACUCAUAGUUCUGGAGCCUACAGUACCCAAGAAUAUGAUCAACAUCCAUGUUUCAUCUUUGUCAUUUGAUGGCAUUCCAUGCAACUGUACCAAAUAUUAGUUAAUAUCAUCUAUUAUGCUUGAAUUUGAUUUAUUGAUCGAAAUAGAAUUAAAUUGAUCCCGAGCCAGUGAGGCAAAAUGUCCAAAUGCCCUUCCACACUACUUUAGCGGUUUGAGUUAGUGUUUGACCCCUGGAGAAGAUCUCUCUCGGGUGAGGGAUAUACACCUUCAUUUUUGGCAGGCAAUCCCGAUGACCGUAGAAUUGCACGUAGUUGCAAAAGGAAUCACCCCAGCACUGCAAAUGGUAAAAUGCCAUUUGUCUCACCUCGAUGUACCAGGCAAGAGGGUUUGCCUUACCUAUGUGGGCAUGCUUAAAGAAGUUAAUCUCAAAUUGAAGCGGAGAAUAUCUCAAAGGAGCUAUUUGAAGAACAGUUGAUAGUGUCAUAUUGCAAGAAUGAAGACAUAUCUGAUUACAAGAUAAAUAGAAAGCAAAGAUUUAAAGCAUAGGACGGAAACUAGCUGCACCCGAUGUGUCAACCACUUUGCUUCACAUUUCCUUCUACUGUUAUAUGCAGUUUGAGUUCUGUAUCUCAAAACAUAUUUUUAUAACAGUACAAAAUUCUAUCUACAUCCAGAUUUCAUCCAUUGUGCUAAGAGACAUUAAACGAGUCGAGUGUCUUUCAAUAGUUCAUGGAACUCUGGAUUGACGUCUCUUGUGCAUAUUGAUUGGAUUUGAUUACUUCAAAUAUAGGAGUUAGAUAUUCCAUACUGGUUUAUUGACCAACAGUGCUUUGUGACAGAAUUUAGUAAUUUAGCAUUCUGUGACUGAUGCUCAUCGACAUGUCAAAUUAUUGCUUCUAGAUUUCAAGAGAUUUGAGGAUUAAGUAUGCCUCGCUUUCUUUUUGUUUA